AUGAAAAGUCUGCGAUCGUCGACGACCCCAUCCCACUACUGUAGUCAACUCACUCUUUAUUUUAUUACCUUUCUCCACUGGUCUUUUUCGCUCUCUAUAUUUUUGGUGUCAGCUCUUUCUCGCUGUCGCUUCUUUGAUGAUUCUCGUUGUAAUAUGCACGUAUAUCAUGUCGUCUUCUUUACCCUCUUUAUUUAUUUGAUCACGAUCAACGACGUUUGUUCCUUGCGAUCCUUUGCGAUCGCGAUGGUACCACGGAAAAUAUGA